AUGCGUCGGGGCGACUUCCAGUUUUACGAGGACAACAAAAAGCGCACACUAUUGGCAACUCUCGAUGAGCACGCCGUGGGAUCUGCCGGAAAACCUGGUGGCAAGAAGAUGAUUCUGACCAAAGAAUGUGGUAUCAUCUUGGACGGCAAGGAUGUCAUCCUCAAGACCUGGCGCUGGGAUCGCAAGGCUCAGAGAGCUGGCUCGCCACCGUCAGAACCGGUUGCUAUCAACUUGAAUGCCAGCUUGGCGUUCACUUAUCGAGACCGUAACUCGAUUUCCAUAAAGUUUGCUCCAUGUCAUGGAACUCUUGUGGAUUUCGCUUGUGGUGAACGUCUUCGACGUACAGACUCAUACUUCGACCACGCUCGUCGCGUGACAGAAGGGCCUCAUCGUGGCAAACUGCUGAUCGAUCAAGAAGUGCCAACGUUGCAGCAACGACAGAAACGAAUAGAGCUCGAGUCACUGGAGAAGAGGAGCAAGUCAAAACCCAGAAGCAAAGAUGUUGCACAUGAUCAAAUUAAGCAAAUUGUUUCAACACUGGAAACCAAGUUUGACGGGUAUGAAGGAUGUCGCGUCACACCGGCACCAGACGGGAACUGGAGAGAGAAGGCGUAUCUACAGAGUCUCCGCGAAAUCCCAAUCUUGCCUGCAACAGGCUACGAGGUGGGCCAAAUACCAACACUGCUCGGGUCGGUGGUGCAAGCAAACGAUGCGUCCGAGUCACUAAAACGUCUCAAGAACGAGUCCAAUGGAAAAUGGCGCGGGUCAGUGGAGAUUCAUAGAAUGAUUGCUCAGGAAAACCCAGGCCUCCCACGAACGGGAUCUUUGACGAAUGCAAGCGGGCGCUACUCGCAAGAGUUGCGAGUUGCUGGAGGUAAUAGCACAAAGUCAGUAGGCGAGCGCUUGGCCACAAUUUCGGGCUCGAAACUCGAUCCAUUCCUUCGCGAACAUUGCGCCAGCGAUGAAUUGGUCGUGGUAGCUUGUCUACGUGCUGAUGACCGUCAGUCGCGUGCUGUGGAAGCAAAACUCGAGCAGAUCCAAUUGAUUCUCUCCGAGCGAAACCAGAACCCUGCAACGAUAUCAAAAAGCAAUUGUCGCUUGGUUAAAUGCGACCUCGCUGAAUCUCCAGCACUGGCUGACCGCUAUCGAGUUCGUGCCGUGCCCACAUUCCUCAUGUACGCACGCUGCGCUAUUCACUCAUAG